AUGUCAAUCAACUCACUUCUAGCAGCACUAGAGGCUCUCGCCCACAAGAAUGAGGAGAGGAUUGAGGAACUGGGCCACACAAACUGGCUACUCAACAAUCACAACGUCAAGACGAAAGAAGAAAUUUCAAAAUUCGAAGAAGAUUUCAGCAAGGAAUACCCAAACUUCGACACAAAACAGAUCAAUCCCACAGACUCACAACCCGAUUCAUCAUUACCUCUUCCCGAGUCGCCUGUCGCCAUGCAUGUCUUUCUCACUCGCCCGUACUCGAAUCAGCGUACACGACCGCCAGGACCAUUUCUAACACCGUUCUACCUCGCUGCUCGAGAGGCUUUACAGCUAUACCUAGAUUUUGUGAUACCAGGCUCCAAGGGUGAGACGCUGGAGGUAGCUGUAAACAACAUAGAUUUGGCGUUCAUACUGCAGCAGACUUUACGACGGAGAGGGUGGAGCGAAGAGAUGACGAAGAAGGGGGUUGAGGAUUUCCUAGCACAACCUAUGAUGAAGGUAACGUGGAUGGGCAAGGACGGCGAGUUUGGGAACUUAUCAUGA